AUGAGCUAUGGCGUCUUCCAGGAGUACUACUCGGGCAACUGGACGCUCGACGGCAGCCAGGACGUCACGGGCAUCAUCGGCACGACAUCCAACGGCGUCAUGUACCUGUCCAUGCCCUUCCUCUUUGCCCUGUUCACCCGCCGCUGGGCCCGCUGGCGCCAGGCAGCCGCUUUGUUCGGCGUCUUCUUGACGUGCAUCAGCUUUCUGGUAUCCUCUUUCGGCACCCAUGUUUGGCAUCUUGUGGCAACCCAGGGCGUGCUGGCCGCGCUGGGCUGCGCGCUCAUCUACAGCCCGACAACGCUGUCUCUGGGCGAGUGGUUCUACACGGGCAACCGAGCUGUGGCCUACGGCAUUGUGCUGUCGUGCAAGAACAUCGUGGGCUCGGCCUGCCCAUUCCUGCUGCGCGUGCUGCUCGACCGCUUUGGCUUCCGCACCGCGCUGCGGGUCUGGACGGCGCUUGCGGCCGGGACCAGCAUCCUCGCCGUCGUCUUCUUGGUGCCCACGCCGCCCACGAGCCUCCUGCCGCCGCCUUCCGCCAGCGAGAGCAGCGCGCGACGUGCGAGGAGGAUCCCUUGGCACUUUCUCAAGCACCGCACGUUCUACACCUACAGCGUGGCCAUCGUGUUCCAGAGCUCGGGCUACGGCAUCCCGCAGACUUACCUCAACACGUACGCGCACGAGGUGGCGCUGCUGUCGCAGACGUCGGCCACGCUGCUGCUCACGCUAUUCAACAUCCCGGGCAUCGUGUCGUCGUCCUUCUUCGGCUACCUGAGCGACAACAAGCGCUUCCCGCUGUCGGCGACCACCGUGACGUCCAUCUCAGCCGUCAUCUCGGCGCUAUCGGCGCUGCUGCUCUGGGGCCUGACGUCGCAGGGCAGCAUGGGGCUGCUGGUGCUCUUCUCCGUCACCUUUGGCUUCUUCGCCGGCGGCUACAGCGCCACCUGGGGCGGCGUCAUCAACGAGCUUGAGCGGGAGGCCGCCCGCUGCAACGAGGCCAUCGACACGGGCAUGCUGUACGGCCUGCUCAACGGCGCCAGGGGCAUCGGCUACGUCAGCGGCGGGCUCGCCGGCGUCCCGCUGCUCAAGGCCGGCGCCUUGGCCGGCUCCGUGGGCACGCCGUUUGGCUACGGCACGUCGUACGGCCCGCUGAUUGUCUUUACGGGUCUUUCGUCCGUUCUGGGCAGCGGGUUGCUGUGGAGAUGGGAUAGGCUUUUGCACUGGCCGGGACUACCUAGGUCUUUUUUAUACUUUGACUAG